AUGGCCACCAAUCAGGUAAGCUCAGCAUCCCGGAUUGUCCCCCAUGGCACCACCUGUCUGAAGAAGUGUUUUGAGACGUCUCAAAACACUUCUUCAAUCACAUGGCAUCACCUGUCUGGUGGGCUGCGGACUGCAUGGGGAAAGGCGCCAGUGGCGGUGAUUUUCAUGGCGUAUACCACUAUAGUGGUGUGGUUCGUGGGAGGGCUUAUGGUCUUUCACACCUUUCUUACGGCCACAAAUCAGGGUUCUCCUUCCACCCUUUCCUCACCCCCCUCCCCCCCCCCCUCUCCCUUUCCCUCCAUCCCUUCCCGUCAGAACACGAUUGGUACCACUGCCAGCACCACUGCUGCUGCUGGUGCUGCUGCUGGUGCUGCUGUUGCUACUGCUGCUGGUGCUGCUGUUGCUACUGCUGCUGGUAGUGCUGCUGGUGGUGCUGCUGCAAGUGGUUGGAUGGCUAGCAGUGAGCCUAUCCGCAGUGAUGCGAUAGGAAGGGACGAAAUAGGCAGCUCCUCAUCCGCGUUUGAAGCAGCCUAUGCCACCCUGCUGGCCCAGUACGGGUUGCAUGGGGAGGGGGAGGAGGGGGUGGAGAUUGGGGAAAGAGGGGAAGGUGGGGGGGGGGAUGGGGAGGGUGCGAAGGUUGAAGCUGGGGAGGGUGCAGUGGGUGGGGAGGGUGGAAAAAGUGGGUAUGAUGGGAGAGGUGGUCGGGUGGUUUUAGCUCCUUUCCGCGCACCACCGUUAUGGCUAGCUCCUUGUGUUCGCGACCUUGUGUUCGUUGCGCACAACUGGAACGUUGUGCACAACCACCACAAGGGUGCGGCGGGUGCGGGGCCGAGUGGGGAAGUCAGGAAGGCGGGAAUAGUGGAGGGGAACAUUCCCCCCCGACCCCUUCCCGAGGGGUACAAGCUUGAGGAGGAUGGAGAGGUGGAGGUGGAUGAGGAUGACCUCACCUUCGACGAGUACAAGGAGCAGGAGGAUUUGGAGAAGGAGGAGGAGAAGGGGAAGGAGAGCGAGGAGGAUGAGUGA